AGUUUUAGUUUGGGCAUGGGGUUCACACAAGAUUUAUAUGUCAGAGCUGACAUUGGUGGUGGCAAUGGAGGCCUCGGGGCUGUAAACGAAGUUCUUAUUCAUGAGAAACACAAAACUGAUGACGUGGUAAUAGAUGCAAUGGGGGGAUGGUCUGACAUUGACAUUGAAGAGCAUCACCUACUUGUUGCAAGCCUAACUGAAUAUGAAUGUAAUAUGGAACCGGAUAUGACUGUUGGGAACAAUGGUGCUGAGGUCAUCGCAAAAGGUGUUGCAAAUCAUACUCCAAGUACAAUGGCUGGUGGUGUGCAUACUAUACCAAAAGUGAAUAAAUCGGACGGCAUAAGCUUGGACGAGUCUUGGUGUCAUGAGAAGGGAACAAGUGUUGAGAUUGCCAACGCAAUUAAAUUGACAAAUUCAAUUGUCCAGGACAUAGCAAGAGAGCUCGAGCACGACCACACAGACUCGAUUAUAUGUUCGGAACAUCAACAGGCUUUGAUUGUCGAGAAAGGGAAAGAAAAGGCACAUGGACCAACUUUGGAAGUAUCAGAAUAUCAAGAUAGACACCAGACAACAGACAAGAUUGCAAUUGAGGCGCCUCCAAUAUCUGAAGAGCUGGUGCGAGGGGUUCAGAAGCGUGCUACGAAGCGUAAGGGUCCAGCUUUGUGCUCACCUUACAAUGAAAGGGCUGUACCGAUUACGAUAAAACUGAGUAGCGAAGAAAGAGACAUGUACUACUGGUUGGUGUGGACUCAAGGAGAAAAUGACAACAUGGAGGUUUACUUCGACGACAUCGUCCUACUAACAAAGAUACAUAUGCUCUCAAUGAAACCUCAUAGCCAUGUUUUUGAGAAGGUGGUUGACGCCUGGUCGUCAUACUUGAAUAACAUGGAAUUUUAUCGAGCACCGUCGUCACCGUCACGGGUGUUCAUGACCACUUUCCCAUGUUUGCACAGUUUCCUGAAUCAUACUCGCGAUUGGGAUCGUACUGCUGGAUUUCAUGAUUUCUGCCAAAGUGUUGAUUCUCAUGUCCAGAAUCUCACACAUUUCAAUUGGAAUGUGAUCGAUAUGGUGCUUUUUCCUAUGUACUCCAGACGACAUUAUUACCUUAUUAGUUUUGGACUGAAGACUGGAAAAAUGGACAUAAUUGACAGCUGCCCCCCAUCCAAUGGAUUGAAAGAUCAUAGCAAGUAUGGUGACGACAUUGAGUUACUGCAAUAUUUUUUUAGUUCAUAUCUUGAGGGUAAGAAACAUAAAAUGCUAGCAAACAUAAUCAAAGGGUGCGAAAUUCGGAUCAAAAAUAUGCCGUGGCAAGGUACCGGAGGCAAGGAUGAUGAUGCUAUAUUCUUAAUGCGGCACAUGGAAACAUAUAUGGGCCAAAAGGUGAAGGAUUGGCAUAUGGGGCUUGCAAACAUAUCUAUGAAGAAUCUGCAGAAUAUGCGCGGUAAAUACUGUAAGGCCUUGCUGACGACAGACUUCAAUUACCAUUCUGUUGACAUUAAGGAUUGUGUGAAGAAAUAUUUCAAGGAUAAUAAAGAGAAGAGGACCAAGAUAGUUAAGUUUAUGGCAGAUUUGAUGUGCAAGAAGCCUAAGUGAAAGUUGAUUUAAUUAUAUUAGUUGUCCAGUGUGUUUGAUCUUCUAGAUCAUUUGUUUUGAAUUCUAGAUGGUGUUUUUGGCUGUUAUUAUGAAGAUGAUGUUUUCUGUUGUUAUUUUCCGGAUGAUGUGUUUUACAGGAUGAUUAUUAUAUGUAGCUUUUUUAAGGAA